GUACAGAGCUGAACAUAUCGGAUGCCACCACUGAGCACCCUGCAUGGAGCCUGUCUGGAGCUGAGGGGAGGGGGACACCAAGUCUCCCCCUCAUUAUGGUGGCCAACGCGGCCGCAGGACGAACCGGGCGGAUUUGAGGUCAACUUGAAAAAUAACGGUAACGUUAUCCCUCCGGCUCCAGUCUGGGAUUUGCCAUGUAUGCUAGCUGGAGAUGAGAAUGAAACCCAGUCGCAACUUCCUCCUGGGCUUGUGCUGCAUGCUGGCCCUGGGAUACCUCUACUACUUGUCUAGGAAGACCAGCUUACGAGGCUGGGGCUACAAAUCAUUGUAUGACAGUCAAGGGUUCCUUCUGAAGCUAGAUGGUAGGCUGCCUUUGGAGCUGAUGUACAAGUACAGCAAUCUCAGUGAGGGAGCCUGUAAGCCUGGUUUUGCAGCUGCCAAGAUGACUGCCAUUUAUCCAAAACAUCGUUCCACCUCAAAGGCGGAUCAAUCGGACCCCCCUUUCCGGCUCGGUACCUUUCACACAGCGAGCUGCUGUUUUGGCAUAAUAAUCCUGGAAAAUUGGGUAGUGUGA